AUGGAAGCAAUUGACGUUCAGAAUCGUUCGUUCGUGGUCCGUUGGCUGAAAGUUCAGCAGGGUGAUACUAUAACGUAUCAGCUGAAGCCAUUGAAACGGUCUGUAGACGCAGGGAUAUACAAGCGUCGAACCACGAUCAACGACGACGCCUUCGAAAGAGACAGCGGUGCUUCCAGCUCUGAUGCCAGUCCACACUCCCCUAGCAAGUCCAAUGGAGGCGUAGGGAGCGUCCACAUUGCCCCAGACACCAAGGCGUUGCUCGAUUAUGCUAUCAAUCGGAGCAACUCCUCGCUAGAAGAGUUCGCUACAAGGCAACGUUCGAAGUCAAUUGCGGCAGUACAACACUUGACUCAGGAUAUUCCACUGGACAAGAAAUUGAUUGCCCAGGGUUUCAGACAAGUGCAAUGGUUAGGAACUAUUUCGGGAAAUGAUCUCAUUGAGGGGUCAUUACAGGCAGAUGAAGACGGGUAUUAUGCGUUUGUUCUCGACAACACCGCGUCAAAGACUGCGAAAAAGAAAAUCCUAAUGAGUGUAGCAAAUAAGACACAAGAUCUUGACGUUCCAGUUCACCGGUCUCGCUCUCAACUUGUGCGUGUCAAACAAGGCCGUAUCUUACAAGGCUACAUGCUCAAAAAAAGGAGAAAGAAGCUACAAGGAUUCACAAAGCGGUUUUUCAAGCUUGAUUUGAAGUACAAAGCCCUGUCCUACUACCUAAACGAGCACAAUAACGUAUGCAGGGGCGAGAUCAUCAUCCCUUUGGCCACUGUCAGUGCAAACAAAAUGACGAGACUCAUUGUCAUCGACUCUGGAAUGGAACUCUGGGUUUUAAAGGCCAAAGAUGAAGCUUCGUGGGGCGAGUGGAUCCAGGCGCUACAAGACUGUUACAAAAAAGAGGAAAAACACACAAAUUCUCAAACCCAAGACCAGUUAGAUCCCUCCAGCAUUUUGGCUCAUCUCAAGUUGAUUGGGAAGAAGCUUAACUUUUGUAAAACCAAGUCUCUGCUUUACGCUCCAAUAGAGACAAGGACGCCUAGAUCUGGUAGUCACAACAGCUCUGCUUCGCGGACUUCGUCAAUGACGUCAGUAUCCAACUUUUUUGGCAAACAUAAGAACGCCUCUCAAGAAGGUUUGAAUUCAGCAGCGGAUGGUCAUGAAGAAAUUUUGCCCAGUUCACCUCAUAAACACGCGCUUUAUAAAGAAAUCAGUGAAAUCGAGGAGCUGGUACAACAAUGGAUGGAGACAAGUUCAAGCGCGGUACAAAGAAAUUCAAGUUCCGAAAACCCUUCAAUUUUUAGCGAUGAGUUCUAUGAUGCUGAAGACGAUAACCUGUCUCCCGAGUCCGACACCGGUGUGAUUAUGCUGAAUGACGAAGAGGGCGUAAAUGCCUUAAAGUUGUCGCAGAAAGAUACAACUGAGAAGCCUUAUGAUAACGAUGAUGAUGCCUCCUCUAAAUAUGACACAGAGUUCGUUCAGAAGAGCGCUCCAGCUUCCACUGGAGGUGACCUAUAUCCUCUUCCGGGGCCAACUUGCGUGAAGCGGCGUGACGACGUACCAGAAGCCGCCGCUACUCCGCCUAGCCUUCUGUCGUUUUUGAGAAAGAAUGUUGGAAAGGACUUGACGGCUAUUUCAAUGCCCAUUACCUCUAAUGAACCUAUUACGAUACUACAAAUGCUGUCGGAAACUUUUGAAUAUUCUGAGUUACUGAACAAGGCAGCUUCCACUGCUGACGAGGUCAGCCGCAUGGCCCAAGUUGUGGCAUUCGCGUGUUCGUACCUAUCUAUGCAUCGGAGCAAAGUUCGGGCUCUACGGAAACCAUUUAACCCGCUAUUAGGCGAAACUUUCGAGCUUGUGCGCGAAGACAAGGGAAUGAGAUUGAUAGCAGAGAAGGUGUCCCACAAGCCUCAGAUAUUUGCAUUUCAUGUAGACCACGAUCUUUGGGAGAUAUCAUACUCUGUUUCGCCGGUUCAAAAGUUUUGGGGAAAAUCAAUUGAGUUUGUGAAUGAAGGUGAAAUUAAACUCACCAUCAAGUCUAUUGGCGAGCGCUAUGUUUGGUCUCAACCAAACACUAUCCUCAAAAACCUUUUCGCCGGCGAAAGAUAUAUUGAACCUGCAAACCACAUGGAAGUCGUUUCAUCACAUAAUAUGAAGGCUAGGGUUGCUUUCAAAGCUGCAGGGAUGUUCAGUGGUCGUUCCGAAGACUUGUCUAUAGUCAUCCACAGUGGUUCGAAGCAGGUCGGCCUGUUGAAAGGUCACUGGACUAAAAGUAUUGUGAACUCUCAGAACGGCGAGACAAUAUGGGAAAUUGGCGAGCUGGUUCCCAAUCAGGAGAAGAAGUACGGUUUCACUAAAUUCACCGCCAACUUGAAUGAAAUAACUGAGAUUGAACAGAGCCAAAUUCCUAUCACUGACUCAAGAAUGAGACCCGAUCUGCGGCUCUACGAGAAGGGUCACGUCGACGAAGCUGAGAAGCUCAAACUUGAGCUUGAGCAAGAACAGCGUGUCAGGCGCCAAGAGAGCAAGGAUGUUCAGCCCCAGUACUUCAAGCGCUUGUCAGAGAAGCAAUGGGUUUUCAUUCAAGGGCCGCAGAGCUACUGGGAAAGGAGAAGAAGACAUGACUGGGAGGGGCUAGUCCCAUUAUGGUGA